UCUGGUCACUCCUCUGCAGAACGUUGGCGCUCAGUGCCCAGGCAUCCCUGCAAGAGGAGGAGGGUCUGUCAAACUCAAACAAGCAAAGGGAGAGGAAAAAUUUCCCCCAGUGAGUGUUUGCCUCGUGUUUUUCCAGCCAGCAGAUCCAGAGCUCAUCUGAAAUGUAUUAAACCCUGGAGAAAGAAGGAUCCUCUGUAAUCUAGCCGACGCUCCGCAGAGGGAUCCUACUUGCUGCAGGAGGCAUACGUGUAGCAGCGGCUCUUCUGUCUCACUCUCAGGGCGAAUCAAGGUGUUUUGGGAAGAAUCCUCGUCGACUUGGGGUCAAAGGUCGUCAUUGUUGGAGCUGCUUCUUCAGUCCUAUCAUUCCCCACGCUGCGUACCGAAUCCAUCUCAAGCACAAAGUGAGCAGCUUUCACGUAAACACAGGAAGCACCUGUAGGCUCACACAGGAAUUACAAGCGUCAGAAAAUGUCUCGCUGGGGGCGUAAAAACGUGAAGAAGGCGCCUGAGGUGAUCCGCACGGUGACAGAGGGCCUGAAGUCUCUGUACCGCAAGAAGCUGCUGCCUCUGGAGCAGUACUAUGGUUUCCAUGACUUCCACUCCCUCAGCCUGGAGGACGCCGACUUCGACAACAAGCCCAUGGUUCUGGUUGUGGGUCAGUACUCCACUGGAAAAACUACGUUCAUCAAGUAUCUGCUGGAGCAGGAUAUUCCCGGGAGCAGAGUGGGCCCUGAACCCACCACGGACUGCUUCACUGCCAUCAUGCACGGGGAGGUGGAGGGCGUCAUCCCCGGGAACGCCCUCAUCGUCGACCCCAACAAGCCGUUCCGAAAACUCAACCCCUUCGGAAACACCUUCCUCAACAGAUUCCAGUGCGCCCAGAUGCCCAACCAGGUCCUGGAGAGCAUCAGCAUCAUUGACACCCCAGGGAUCCUGUCCGGCGCCAAGCAGAGAGUGAGCCGAGGUGAGCGGGGUGACAAAGGUUACGACUUCCCGGCGGUGCUGCGCUGGUUUGCGGAGCGCGUGGACCGCAUCAUCCUGCUGUUCGACGCCCACAAACUGGAGAUCUCGGACGAGUUCUCGGAGGCCAUCGGCGCCCUGAAGGGCAACGAGGACAAGCUGCGGGUGGUGCUGAACAAGGCCGACAUGGUGGGCACCCAGCAGCUGAUGCGGGUCUACGGGGCGCUCAUGUGGUCCCUGGGGAAGGUGUUUGGCACCCCGGAGGUCCUGCGCGUCUACAUCGGCUCCUUCUGGUCGGAGCCGCUGCUGGUGCCUGAUAACAGGAAGCUGUUUGAGUUGGAGGAGGAGGAUCUGUUCGCCGACAUCCAAAACCUCCCUCGCAACGCAGCUCUACGCAAACUCAACGACCUGGUGAAGAGGGCGCGUCUGGUCAGGGUUCAUGCUCAUAUCAUCAGCUACCUGAAGCAGGAGAUGCCGUCUGUCUUCAGGAAGGACAACAAGAAGAAGCAUCUCAUCCAUGAGCUGCCAGUGAUCUUCUCUAAGAUCCAGCUGCAGCACAACAUUUCUGCAGGAGACUUCCCCGACUGCGCCAAGAUGCAGGAACAACUGAUGGCUCACGAUUUCACCAAGUUCAAAAGCUUGAAGCCGAACCUGAUGGCGGCGCUGGACGAGCUGCUGUCCUGCGACAUCGCCAAGCUGAUGCCGCUGCUGCGCCAGGAGGAGCUGGAAGCCGGAGACCAGCCCGGCGUCCAGGGCGGCGCCUUCCUGGGGACCCGGGCCGGGCCCUUCACAGAGGGCGACCCGUUCGCCGAGGAGAACGGCGAGGAACGCGAGGAAGAGGAGGACUGGGUGGUGACCAAAGACAAGCCCAAGUACGACGAAAUCUUCUACAACUUGGCGCCCAACGAGGGCAAGCUGAGCGGCACCAAGGCCAAGGACUGGAUGGUGAGCACGCGCCUGCCCAACUCGGUGCUGGGCCGCAUCUGGAAGCUGUCGGACGUGGACCGCGACGGCAUGCUGGAUGACGAGGAGUUCGCCCUGGCCAGCCAUCUGAUCGAGGUGAAGCUGGAGGGCCACGGUCUUCCUCCAGAGCUGCCUAGCCGGCUCAUCCCGCCGUCCAAACGCAGGCAGAAGGGAUCGGAUGCUUAGAAACGCACCAGCAGCCCGACGGAUCCCGCUGCUGAUGCAGUUUGGCUACUGUUUGUGUUUGGUCGUAGUUACGACGGAGUCGGGGCCUCGCUAGGAAAAUGAAAAUAUAUUAUUACGGGAAUAAAGUCAUAAAAUUAUCACUUUAUUCUAGAAAUAUUUCAACUUUAUUC